AUUCAUUGGCACUCAAUUGGCACAUUACAACCACUAGGUAUUCACUGAUGCCACCAGUUGAUAGUACACCCAGCAUAAAUAUGGGAAAUUUUGAACUGCUAUAUUCCCUGAAAGCUUAUAACAGAAUCCCGGUUUCCGAAUACAUUUCCAAUAAAACUGGACUCACAGUUGUAAUUGCAGAGGUAGAAGGACCUGUUGUCAAUGGAUUCUUCUGUUUAGCUACUGAAACCUUUGAUGAUGAUGGUUUGCCCCACACUUUGGAGCACUUGAUAUUUCUGGGAAGUGAAGAAUAUCCUUUCAAAGGCGUAUUAGACUUACUAGCUAAUCGAUGCUUAGCUUCAGGAACAAAUGCCUGGACAGACAUUGACCAUACCUGUUAUACAAUGGAAACAGCAGGAAGUGAAGGGUUCUUGACUCUUAUGCCAAUAUUUCUUGAGCACAUUCUCCAUCCAGUCUUGACUGAGGAAGGUUUCAUUACAGAAGUUCAUCAUAUCACAUCUGAGGGUUUAGAUGCUGGUGUUGUCUACUGUGAAAUGCAAGGAAGAGAAAAUUCAGCAGAAUCUCGCAUGCACCUGAAUGUUGCCAGAAAUAUUUAUCCUGGAAAAUGUGGGUAUUCUUCUGAAACAGGAGGUAUCAUGAAAAACCUCAGAGAAUCCACAACAAACACCAAGGUAAAAAACUACCACAAGGAUUUGUACAGACCAGAAAAUUUGAAAGUCAUAAUCACAGGUCAGGUGAAACCAGAAGAUGUAUUUGAAGCAUUGAAAAAUUUGGAGGAAAAGCUCAUUUCAAGAGGAAAUCAAGAACCCUUCCAACGCCCUUGGCAAAACCCUGUGCCUCCUUUAACAGAAGGAUCCAAAGAUUUGGUGAUCAAAUACCCAGCUGAUGAAGAAACAAAUGGUCUAUACUGUAUUGCUUGGAGGGGUGCAUCCUGUGUUCAAGACUUGUACUCUGUUACAGCCACUAUGUUGCUAUUGAAAUAUUUAACUGAAUUCUCUGUGUCCCCACUACCAAAGGAACUAGUGGAGAUUGAAGAUCCUUAUGCUAGUAAAGUUUCCUACAACAUGAGUGAAAAUUCGGAGACUUGUGUAUACCUUACCCUUGAAGAUGUUCCCAUAGGCAAACUACCAGAGGUUGGGCCAAAGUUGAGAGCAAUUCUCAAAAGAAUCCUUCUUAAUAAGGAAAUUGACAUGGAACAACUGAAAAGUAUAAUCAACAGAUACAAACUGGAGAGUUUGAGUAACUUGGAGAAUAGCCCACACCAAUCUAUAGCAUUCAUGAUAAUCGGUCACAUGUUGUAUGGAAACACUAAAGAUGAUUUGGAGAAACGAAUCAAUCCACUCACUGACAUAUCAAAGCUGAUGAAUGAACCAUUACCAUUCUGGUUGAACAUUUUGCAAAAGUAUCUGGUAGAUAACAUUUACAUUGCCAUACAAUGUAUACCUAGCAAAGAAGAACAACAGAAGAUGGCUAAGGAGGAAAAAGAGAGGGUAGAAACACAAGUGAAGAAUCUCACAGAAGUUGGUUUGAAGGAGAAAGAAGAAAUUCUACAGAAGGCUAUCGAAUUCAAUGAUAGAGAACCACCUGCAGAUAUGCUGACAUCUGUACCAAUUCCCAGCAUUGAUUCUAUAAGGUUCCAUAAUAUUGAAAGAUUCACAAGUGAAUCUAAGGAUAAAGGAAAGAUUGAUGUUUCUAGAACUCCAGUAUUCACAUACUUUGACCAUUUGAAGACAAAUUUUGCCUAUCUUUUUGCAGUUCUAGAUACUACCAGUGUUCCUUCUGAGCUAAGAAUCUACCUACCCCUGCUCUUGGAGUCCAUUUUAGAACUACCCCUGGAACGUAAUGGUAAAAUCAUCCCAUAUGAAGCAGUUGUCGCUCAGUUGAACGACGAUACAGUCAGCAGCGCCACGUCAAUAGGAAUCCAGAGAAACAACUAUUUCUCGUGCGGCAACUACUCCACGACUGCCACUAUAGCUCUACAAGCAGAAUCUGCUAAAUAUGAGGUUGGAGUUGAAUGGUUGCAGGAGCUGUUGUACAAAACUAUCAUUACUCCAGAGAGAUUGAAGGUUAUUGCUAUGAAAAUGAACAAUUCUGUUGCGCAAUUCAAGAGGAAUGCCAGAAGCGUAGUGUUCUAUGCGAUGAAGGGGAUGCGGUAUUCUGAAGAUAGUAAUGUCCUGCAAAAUGGAGUUUUGCAACAAAGUAGGUUUUUGACCGAAGUUAUCGAAAAAAUAGAUAGCGAGGCCGGUAAAGACAUGUUAGCGAAUUUUGAGAAAGUGAGGAGAAUAUUGUCUGAUCCAUCAAAUUUGGUGCUUUAUGUCGCUGGAAAUUUAGAGACUUUGAAAGAUUCUGCUAAGCCACUUGAAGACUUUCUUCCACCUAAUGUUAAAGCUCCCGAAAAACUACAGAAGUUGAAAGUUACUCCUGAUUUUAAUCUUUUGAAAGAAUCAAAUGAUAUCGAAUCUGGUUGCAUUAUUGGUAUGGGCUGUCUGGAAUCAUCAUUUUUUGUCCAGACUACAAGGAGUAUUUCUUCACAUACUGAUCCAGACUUACCAGCCUUAAUGCUUUAUCUUCAAUAUUUAAUCCAAGCUGAGGGGCCAAUGUGGAAGCAGAUCAGAGGCAAGGGAUACUCGUACGGUUAUAGGAUGACCGUCAAAGUGAACGAGGGUCUCCUGUAUUUGAUGUUUUCGAAAGCGACGAAUGUCGUCGGCGCCUAUAAGGAGACCAAAGACAUCAUUUCGAAACAACUCGCAGAGAAACUUUGGGACGAAACACUGUUGGCAUCGGCCAAGAGUUCCAUGAUUUUCGAAAUUAUCGACGAGGAGAAGACUAUCGGUAGUGUGGUAACGCUGUCCUUCAAUUCUUAUUUCGAUGGCGUGGAUUAUAAAUUCAAUAGGACUCUCUUGGAACUGAUAGAUAAGGUAACAGUUGAUGACCUCAAUCGAGUAGGAGAGAAAUAUAUAGCUCAGUUAUUCGAUUCGAAUCAAGUGAAGACAGCUGUUGUUACGGAUCCUUCAAAAAUGGACGAGAUUGCAGCUGGUUUGAAAAAAUUGGAUUUGGAUUUGACGGUAUACCCUUCCCUGGAAGAAAGUUUUUUGAACAAGAUAUAAAAGUUUCCCCACACACACAUACACUGCUUAUUGAAUUGUAAUUUGUGGCUGUUCACUCAUAAAACCUACUUAUUAUGUCAAAUAUAUAUUUAACU